AUGGCGAUACAACAGUUUUAUCUCCUCGGAGAGUCAGAAACAGCUACAACAGCUAUUGACAUCGAAUCAAACUUGGACUUUGAUGGACUCAAACACUUGGUUGCAUCCUAUUUUGCCGUUGUUGAGCCUAACGGAGUUGGGUUUCAAUUUCAGGAACAUGCACUUCAAGAAGUUUCAGACAUCUCUUCUGCUGCGGGCCCAGUAGCUGUUUCUAUUGACGGGAAGGCUGUCCGCGAAGUGCCUGGCCCAAAGGGCUUGCCUUAUGUCGGAAACUUCCUUGAGAUAUAUCCUGAUCACCUUGGCAACCACCAGCGAUUAUUUGAGCACUAUGGUCCCAUUAUAAAGACUGUCAAUAUGGGUCGAACUGUUUACCAAACAAACGACCCAGAAAUCGCUACCAUUGCUUUUGCCGAGUCUGAGUUCUUUACGAAGAAGCUUACCGAGGAUCAUCCUCUUUACGCAUUGAAAACCCCGGCUGCUGGUGUCUUUUUGGGUGACACCGAUACGGAGGAAUGGAAGGUCGCUCACAAAUUCCUUCCUCCUGCCCUUGGCCCCAAAGCAGUCCGCCACUAUGCACCUACGAUGCAGAAAACAGUUGAAGACGCUACCAAAGUGUUUGACGAGCUCGACGAGCAGGGUGAAGCGUGGAAUGUCUAUCAAUACAUGAUAAAGCUUGGUUCACAAGCUGUCGGCAAACUCACUCUGGGCAUUGACUUUGAACAUUUUGCCUCGCCUGAUACACCUCUGCACGAGAUGAUCCUUUUGAUCGCUGAGGUACUGACCUUGAAUAAGAAAGUUUCGUCCAAAGGCAGCUGGUAUAGCAACCUCCCUUUCGGCGAUCCGAAGCGUCUAAAAGAUGUAAAGCAUCGCAUUGAGGAAAUGAUUGAAGAGUCUAUUCAAGCAGCUGCCCGUGGAGGCGUGGAGGAUCUGCCACUUCAAGACGCCGCUCUGAAGGCAUCAAACAUGGUUGACUAUGCAGUUCGUGCUACCGACAACAAAGGCGAAAAACUGCCAAAGUCUAGUAUUGUCUGGGCUCUCAUUGUUGCCACUGGCGCUGGUUUCACAACCACCAGUUCACUGCUCUCUUGGCUCAUCUAUGGGCUGGUUACCUACCCAGGAAUGCAAGAGAGACUUCUCCAGGAGUUGGUUGACAACGACUUUGACGAGGACUCGCUGCUCACUUCUGACUACACCGAUCGCUUAGUCUUCCAGGACAAGUAUAUCAAGGAGAUGCAGCGCAAACACAACCCAUCAUACCAACCAGGACGCACAGCAAAGACCGAUCUUAUUCUCCCAGGUGGUUAUAAAUUGCCCAAAGACUCUGUCAUAAUACCUGCUUUGCACCAUAUUCACAACAAUCCCAAGCUAUGGAGCGAUCCCGCCAGAUUUGACCCCGACAGGUGGGACACAGAGGAGGUGAAGAAUAGGCCCAAAGGAGCAUAUAUGCCGUUUGCCGCGGGGCCACGAAUGUGUAUUGGUUUCAACUUUGCACUGCAGGAGAUCAAAGUAUUCUUGCCCAAGUUGAUUUACCGAUACAAGUUUACUCAAGAAGGAGACGCAGCCGUGGAAUAUGAUCCGAUGUUUCAGCUAAUCCGACCGAACAACUUGUAUGUUCGUGCAGAAAGGCGUGUCAAGUGGCCGCCGAAAUCAAAUGCCGCCACUCCUAGCGCCUCUUCAUGA